GACGACGGUCGUCGCGAUCCGCGAGCGCACGAACGCGUCGAACGACGGACGACCGCGCACGUCAACGUCUCUCUCGCGCGCGCGGUGCACCGCGCGCGCGCGCCGACGAACGCGCGUCGACGGACGUCGAUCGCGAGACGUUGGAAACCCUCGCGAUCAGAGGACGACGAGCGCGAUCGGCGACGCGCGCGCGAUGGACGGCGCGACGCCGACGGCGGAUUGGUUGAGCGACUUUUUUGACUCCUUUGACGCGGAUGACGUCGGGGCGUUCGACGGCGCGAACGCGUUCGCGGACGUGCCGACGGAGGUGAUCGGGGGUGAGGGCCCUAGGGUUCGAGCGGCGGGGACGAAACGAAAGGCGACGGAGGAGGCUGACGGGAGUCAGGAUGAACGCGUCGCGGUGACGGCGACCUCGGUGGCGGCGACCUCGGUGGCGGCGACCACGGCGGCGGCGACCACGGCGACGGGACGCUCGAAUGUGUUGAGCGAAGGGGCGAAGAAGACGAAGAGCACGCGGGAGAAGCGUCGACGCGACGUUUUGAACAGUCGCUUUGAGGAGCUCAGCGCGGUGCUCGAACCGGGUGAGUCGCAGGGUGAGUCGCAGUCGAAGGCGACGGUGGUGUUCGCGGCGACGGAGUUGAUCAAGCGACUGCGUGUCGAACACGCGAGGUUAGCGAACAUGAUCAUGCGAUUCCAAGAGGAUAACCUGCUAAAGACGGAGCUCACCCAAAAGCUCGCUGCGGAACGCGAUCAACUCAUGCAAGAAAAGACGCAUUUAUUGCGAGAGAAGCUUCGCAUCGAGGCACAGUUACAAGGUUUCUUGACGAGCAUGCCGUUUGCGUCUCCCGCGGAUGGCAUGGUGUCCACGAAAUCGGCGAGCGGCGUCGCGGCGUGGACCGUGCCCAUGCCCUUCAUGCCGGCGAGCGAAGAAGGAGAAGACGUCACCUUGCGCGCCCCUGUGGCGUAACCAAUUGUCUUAUGACAAAUCGACAUGAUUUACAAUUGUACCUAAAAUAUCCUAGUCCUAGUAAUUUGUGAUCAUUUGUAAUUUGUGAUCGCAGAAAACGAAUC